AUGAGUAUGUCUCACAAAUCCGACAUGUUGGUGUGGCUGGCAGGUCUGUGCCUUGCGACAGCAGAGCCUGUGACGCCAGAGAGCUUUACGGUGUAUUCGGAGCCGAUCAAGCUGCGGUAUGGUGAAGUAUACAACAAGCAGCAGGGCCCGAUGGUUCUGCCGCAAAGUAUUGUGGAGCGAUAUUUCGAACAGGGAAAGGCAAUGGCAAUUACCGGUUUCGAUGUAGACAUGGUCCGAAAGGAUGCAGCAGGCACAGAGUCAAAGGUCAAGCUCAGCGACCAUUAUUUGCAUCACUACAUUCUGGCGAUGGGCGAUAACAGCACGAUGAUGAAGAUUCAGGAGCAGGCUGCCAAAGACGAGAUGUUUGCUCGGAUGCUUCAUGGCUGCCAUGGCAUGACGCGCUGGCAUGUGCAGUCUUUUCUGACGAGCUUGACAGAUUCUCCCGAGCUGGUCUACUUCGGCAGUGCGGCUGGCGCUGAGUACCGGCACAACCCGCAAAGGUAUCAAGCACCCUUCCGCAGAUUGAUCCAGAAGCCCCACGUUUGGGCACCAACGUUCCAUGUAAUCAACACCAACAGGCCCUUGCGAAACACAUCUCUGUCAUAUUCGAAGCUGCUAGAAUGCCCGUGCACGCCACAGCGGAAGAUUGAUGUCAAGCAAAGGAAGAUUGACGGGAAAGAGCCUUACCCACCUAUCCAGUGCAGCCCGGAGUUCGAAAAGACCGGAAACCCUUCUUGCCACCUCGCCACCUACGCCGGCGGAUGGCGCUGCUGCGAACACGGUGUGUUCCUGAUCGACACGGACAAAGAGUGCAGUGACCCUCAGUGUUCGGAGGAACCGCAGGAUGAGAUUUUCAUGAAGUACACCUUCUACUUCGAGGAUGCCAGCCCCGACACGCGCAAGAUGGAGUUCGGUGCUUGCUGCGAUGUCACCAGCGGAAACGGGGAUCACCAGGGAGUGGAAAACAUCGAGUACGAUAUUCCCGCCUGUGCGCCGGGUACCCCUCCAGAGGAAUGCUUGCAUGUAGUUGAAGCAGUGCAGCCCGUGGGCUUCUACCACACGCAUCCGAAGUCUCCCAACGACCGGCACAGAGCAGACGAACUCGUGGACCUGGUCUUUGCAGCUCCCCACCUUCAUCUCGCCGGUUUGUCCCUCGAACUCAUCGACGACAUCACGAACAAAACCCUGUGCUCCGUCGUCGCCAGCGCGGACAACCAAGGUGGAGUAAUGUAUGGGAAUGGGAAUGAAGCUGGAAACGAAGACGGAUACCUGGUCGGUCUCCGUCCCUGUACCUGGGGCAGUGAUGCUCCUCGCUUCCAGCGAAAUCAUCCCCUCCGGGCGCGAGCGGUCUACAAUGCAUCCCGCGGUCAUACCGGUGUCAUGUCGCUCUGGUUGAUGGAUGUUUCAGCUGCUUCAGAUGGUGACUUCGUAGUGUAA